AUGUCGCACAAUCCCUAUCCAAAUGCUAAUACAUCCGAUUUUCAAUAUCCAAAUGCAGCUGGUAUACUAACAAAUAUCAAUCAAACAAAUGUAGGCAUUUUACCUACAACAAACUCCUCAACGAUAGAAUCAUCAUCAAUGGUAUCCAUAACAACAACACAAUCAAACUUAAAUAAUCAUACACGACUAUCAAUUAAUCAUCUAUAUGGAAAAUUAAAUGAUGAACAUGGUGGAGCUGGAACAAGAGCAGAUGAUCGUAAAGGUGCAAAUGUUAAAAGUGAUGGUUAUACAGCAACGCCUGUCGCCCAAAAAGUGCAUCCAUAA